AUGGGUGGGCCAAGAACUUUCUCACAAGUUCUGCUCCUCUCAGCUAUUGGGAUUGUAUUUGUCCCAUCUCUGGCCUCUGCAAACGGCAACACAACACGAGGUCCAGGUUUGCUGACACCUGAAAACAGCACUUGUUCCACUCCGAGCCCCGUUUCCCAGGAAUCAUGCCAAGGAGUAAACUUACAGGACACCAGUCGCAGCAUAUUUGCAGCAGUGGACUCAUUGGUAGGGGAGCUAUCCUGUAAAAGAAGGGAAAACACAAACCUAUCAGAGGCCUCGUUCAUGGAAGUGGAACGAAACAUCAGACGGAUUGUCGAGUCGUCUAUAAAAGUCCUUUCAGACCUGACAGACGUGUUGGAAAAGCUCUCACCACGACAGAAAGCAGAGCUAAUACUGGAUCCAGAAAGUGGUGCUUUGGAGGAUGUCGACUUCGUCAGAGCAGUCAUCACCAACGUGACAAUGUCAGGGGAUAAUGAGCAACUCACACAAUUUUUCCAGGAAUUUUCAAAAUUAGGAAAACAGACAAACACAACCUUCAUCCUAAAUGCGGCUGUACGAGAGACCAUCUUAAACCUGACUUUGAACGGCCUCGCUCCUAAAUUUGUCUCCUUUGAAGUAGAAGACUAUGAGCUGUGGUUCCAGGUCUAUUUGGUUCCUGUCAUAGCAAGCCUCCAUCCUGACAGCCUGCGGGUGAUACCCAGUAACAUCAGUUGUGAAUCCUACGAAGCUAUAGUCACUGGUCUAAUGGAAAGCCUGGAAUUCCUGCCACUGGGCAUUUCAAUGGACGUGAGAGCUAGCUUGGAAUCACUACAGGAGACCUUCCCAGAUUGUGCAGAACUUGAUUCUUUCACGUGCAAAGAGACACAUGUUGAUGAAAUGCUCAUCUGCUGGGGGGUAGACAGCUCUCAACUCCAGAAGACACUGGAGGAUAACAAUUCCACGUCAGCCGUGUGCAAUUUUACCAUCAUUGAACAUGCCUGUACCACACCAACAAACCUCACAGCAGGCAACUUGGCCACACUCCUGACAUGCUCUGUGGAAAGCAACAAGCCAUAUGUGGUGGAAGUUUGGCAGCUUCUUUUCCACAAAGCUUCUCCCGUACUCAGCCAGGCUCUUGACAUGUUCGCCACCAUGGCCCCCACCACCAUGAGCUCUGCCUAUUCCAAUGCACUUGAUGCUCUGGGAGAAGUGGUAGUUAAAAAGCUUACUCAGGAUGAACUGAAGAGUAAGGAUGCCAUUAGAAGUAGGUUCCAGAUGGAGCUCCGUCCGUUCCUGGCCUCCCCGUCAACAAAUUUCCUCUCCUGCCUUGGCACCUACAACUUCAGCUGCCAGACAUAUCAGCUUGUCCUUGAGGCAUUCAGCAACCAAAGCCCAUUGAUGGACAACAACAGAAAGCGAGCAGUGUUUACUCACUUCAUCCGACCGUUCCUUUCCAGAAAAGAUUUGCCAGACCCAGGUUGUGUGUCCUCUGCCGAUGGUAGUCAACUCUGGCUGCAGGCCAACCUUGGCAAUUUCUCUGCUUUUGCAACCAUAGAGGAUUUGCAAACCUUCAAUCCAAACUUCUCCAGUGCCCAAGCCUUGUCAGAACUGUCACCCUCUCAGGUAGCACAGUUACUGCUGAGCUCAGACAUCUCAAAUGACACAAAAUUUAUCGACCGAGUCUUUGAGCGACUGGAAAAUGGAAACGCUGUUGACAACGUGGAUGAAUUCUUUACAAAGCUUACAGAGCAGGAGGAGGUCCCAGAGUUCCAGGCUGACGUGAGGGAUCGCAUUAUGAACAAGACCUACAUCAUCAUCAGUCCCUCUUUCCCAGAGUUCACUGAACAGGACUUUUUUGGUUGGUUCCAUGUCAAACUGGUCCCCGUCCUUGCAAGUUUCACUCCAGAAAUGCUCCGAGGUGUAACUACCAACAUGAACUGCACAAACUAUCACAUCAUUGUGAGUGGGAUGGCCAAGGUUGUCUCUGCCAUACCUCAGCAAAGAUUGCAAGAAAUUGCAGAGGUUUUACUGGAAUACCUGCAAGACUCUGCCGCUGUCAUCAACCAGCCAGAUUGCAGGACAGGAAUCAAGACUGAUGCCCAAUGGAUUGAAACAAACCUGGGUCCAUUUUCUCCAUACAUAACAUAUUCUGAGCUCAAAUUCUUCAACCUCUCUCUGGGAGCACUCGUGAAUGUUCUUUCACCAACACAGAAAGCUGAGCUGAUAAUGGAUCCAGACAGCGGUGGUCUGGAAGAUGCCAUCCUUGUAAAGGAGGUGCUCACAAACCUGACAGAGUCUGGUGAUGAAGAGCAGCUUGGUCAGUUUUUCCAAGUGUUCACACAGAUCCUCCAGCAGACAAACACAACCUUCAUCCUAAAUGCGGCUGUACGAGAGACCAUCUUAAACCUGACUUUGAACGGCCUCGCUCCUAAAUUUGUCUCCUUUGAAGUAGAAGACUAUGAGCUGUGGUUCCAGGUCUAUUUGGUUCCUGUCAUAGCAAGCCUCCAUCCUGACAGCCUGCGGGUGAUACCCAGUAACAUCAGUUGUGAAUCCUACGAAGCUAUAGUCACUGGUCUAAUGGAAAGCCUGGAAUUCCUGCCACUGGGCAUUUCAAUGGACGUGAGAGCUAGCUUGGAAUCACUACAGGAGACCUUCCCAGAUUGUGCAGAACUUGAUUCUUUCACGUGCAAAGAGACACAUGUUGAUGAAAUGCUCAUCUGCUGGGGGGUAGACAGCUCUCAACUCCAGAAGACACUGGAGGAUAACAAUUCCACGUCAGCCGUGUGCAAUUUUACCAUCAUUGAACAUGCCUGUACCACACCAACAAACCUCACAGCAGGCAACUUGGCCACACUCCUGACAUGCUCUGUGGAAAGCAACAAGCCAUAUGUGGUGGAAGUUUGGCAGCUUCUUUUCCACAAAGCUUCUCCCGUACUCAGCCAGGCUCUUGACAUGUUCGCCACCAUGGCCCCCACCACCAUGAACUCUGCUUAUUCCAAUGCACUUGAUGCUCUGGGAGAAGUGGUAGUUAAAAAGCUUACUCAGGAUGAACUGAAGAGUAAGGAUGCCAUUAGAAGUAGGUUCCAGAUGGAGCUCCGUCCGUUCCUGGCCUCCCCGUCAACAAAUUUCCUCUCCUGCCUUGGCACCUACAACUUCAGCUGCCAGACAUAUCAGCUUGUCCUUGAGGCAUUCAGCAACCAAAGCCCAUUGAUGGACAACAACAGAAAGCGAGCAGUGUUUACUCACUUCAUCCGACCGUUCCUUUCCAGAAAAGAUUUGCCAGACCCAGGUUGUGUGUCCUCUGCCGAUGGUAGUCAACUCUGGCUGCAGGCCAACCUUGGCAAUUUCUCUGCUUUUGCAACCAUAGAGGAUUUGCAAACCUUCAAUCCAAACUUCUCCAGUGCCCAAGCCUUGUCAGAACUGUCACCCUCUCAGGUAGCACAGUUACUGCUGAGCUCAGACAUCUCAAAUGACACAAAAUUUAUCGACCGAGUCUUUGAGCGACUGGAAAAUGGAAACGCUGUUGACAACGUGGAUGAAUUCUUUACAAAGCUUACAGAGCAGGAGGAGGUCCCAGAGUUCCAGGCUGACGUGAGGGAUCGCAUUAUGAACAAGACCUACAUCAUCAUCAGUCCCUCUUUCCCAGAGUUCACUGAACAGGACUUUUUUGGUUGGUUCCAUGUCAAACUGGUCCCCGUCCUUGCAAGUUUCACUCCAGAAAUGCUCCGAGGUGUAACUACCAACAUGAACUGCACAAACUAUCACAUCAUUGUGAGUGGGAUGGCCAAGGUUGUCUCUGCCAUACCUCAGCAAAGACUGCAAGAAAUUGCAGAUGUUUUACUGGAAUACCUGCAAGACUCUGCCGCUGUCAUCAACCAGCCAGAUUGCAGGACAGGAAUCAAGACUGAUGCCCAAUGGAUUGAAACAAACCUGGGUCCAUUUUCUCCAUACAUAACAUAUUCUGAGCUCAAAUUCUUCAACCUCUCUCUGGGAGCACUCGUGAAUGUUCUUUCACCAACACAGAAAGCUGAGCUGAUAAUGGAUCCAGACAGCGGUGGUCUGGAAGAUGCCAUCCUUGUAAAGGAGGUGCUCACAAACCUGACAGAGUCUGGUGAUGAAGAGCAGCUUGGUCAGUUUUUCCAAGUGUUCACACAGAUCCUCCAGCAGACAAACACAACCUUCAUCCUAAAUGCGGCUGUACGAGAGACCAUCUUAAACCUGACUUUGAACGGCCUCGCUCCUAAAUUUGUCUCCUUUGAAGUAGAAGACUAUGAGCUGUGGUUCCAGGUCUAUUUGGUUCCUGUCAUAGCAAGCCUCCAUCCUGACAGCCUGCGGGUGAUACCCAGUAACAUCAGUUGUGAAUCCUACGAAGCUAUAGUCACUGGUCUAAUGGAAAGCCUGGAAUUCCUGCCACUGGGCAUUUCAAUGGACGUGAGAGCUAGCUUGGAAUCACUACAGGAGACCUUCCCAGAUUGUGCAGAACUUGAUUCUUUCACGUGCAAAGAGACACAUGUUGAUGGUAAGUCUCCUGAAUAUCCCUGAUUUAUAAA